GCGCUGUAGAUCUCGCGGUGUUUGGAGCGGAGGGGGCGGGGUGCAGCGGGAGGGAGCGGAGAUGUUUGGAGCUUUUUUUUAAUAUAAAAUUAUUUAUUUAAAUAAAAAUGGCCGCCGUGGAGAGCGGAGAGCAGAGACUGGAGGAAACGCAGGAGAGUGAGGAGGGAUUGGCAGACCCCCAGCAAACCUCCAGAGAGAAGGACAGGUCCCAGAGUAAGACCAAGAAGCCCCGUAGAGAGCGUCGCCAUGCCGACCGGGGAUCGGAGACGGCGGCCUCAGCCACGCCUUCAACAACCGGGCAGCCAGAGACAAGGGCAGAGUCACAGGUGUUGGAGCCGGUGGCGGGCCCCUCGGAGCCGGGUCCAUCAGAACCGGGCUCAGAAUCAGCCGCUGGCAGUGAGUCUGCUGGCUCUCCCAGGCAGCGGCGCUCUAUCAUCCGGGACCGCGGCCCACUAUAUGAUGACCCGUCGCUGCCCGAAGGCUGGACUCGCAAACUGAAGCAGAGGAAGUCUGGACGCUCUGCUGGGAAGUUUGAUGUCUACCUGAUCAAUUCAGAGGGGAAGGCGUUUCGCUCCAAGGUGGAGCUCAUUGCCUACUUCCAGAAGGUUGGCGACACCACCACCGACCCCAAUGAUUUUGAUUUCACUGUCACUGGGCGAGGAAGCCCAUCCCGCCGUGAGAAGCGCCCCCCAAAGAAACCAAAGGUGGUAAAGCCAUCGGGACGAGGCCGUGGGCGCCCCAAAGGCAGCGGGAAGAUUCGGCAGGCUACAGAGGGUGUGGCCAUGAAGCGCGUGGUCGAGAAAACUCCAGGAAAACUGCUGGUCAAGAUGCCAUUUGGCAAGACAGAAUCCUCCACUGGCGCUCCGUCCACCACCUCAAAGGUGGUGUCUCCUGCCCUCGUGACCAAGUCUCGUCCCGGCAGAAAGAGAAAAUCGGAGCAGGAACUGCCACCCCCACCACAGACUGCUCCCAAGAAACGGGGCAGGAAACCGGCCUCCGCCUCGGCUUCGGCACCACCAUCGGUUCCCACGGCAUCCACCUCUUCUGCAUCAGCCUCUGCGAGCUCAGCGGCCGGGAGCUAUGCUGCCGCCGCCAUUUUGGCUGCGGAGGCCAAACGGAGAGCAGCCAAGGAGUCUUCCAGCAAACCUGUCGUCCAGGAAACAGCCCUGCCAAUCAAAAAACGUAAAACAAGGGAGACUGUGGAGGAGCGAGAGAGCGCUCAGACUUUGGCAUCUCCAACAGCCGAGACUGGUAGGAGGGUUGCUGCAGAGGAGGAGGGAGGUCCCAGCUCUGAGCCUCAGCCUGCCCCCUCUGAACAUAGCCAAUCACAGUCAACAAAGCAGCCGUCUGCUUCAGACGACAGCCAAUCACACGGACACAAGACACAUAAAGGGCGGAAGCACAAGGAGAAAUCGGGAAUAUCAGCCAGUGAGGGAGGAGGCAGAGGAGAGGAUGGAGGAGAGGGAGGAGGAGAGGGGAAGAGUAGCAGCAGCAGCAGUAGCAUCAGCCAAUCAAAGAGCCACAAACGGAAGGAGCGACCGCCUCACAAGCACCACCAUCAUCACCACCACCACCACCACCACCACCAUCAUCGGCACCAACAGUCGUCUGCCUCCACGCUGGAUCAGCCCCCUCCUCCUCCUCCUCCUCCUCCUCCUCCACCACCACCCUCCAGGCCUGAAGUCGAGCCUCCGCCUGCCCCCCCGCUGCAAGCUCCUCGACCACAGUCCCUGCCUGAACCUCGGCAUCCUGCCCCUCAGCCAUGCCACCAAUCCCCCAGUUCUAGUCAGGCCUCAGCCCAGCCUCGACACCCAGUGGCCCAGUCUUCUCCCACCUUACAUGUCCUGCCCCAACCUCGGCUCCAACAGCCCCCGCGUCCAGCUCACAGUCAUUCUCAACCCACCGACCAGAAAACCCAGUCACAACCCCUUCACUCAGCAGCCCAGCAUCGACCGCAGCACCAGGCUUUGCAUGCUCCGCCCCAGCCCCCAUCCAUCUUGAAUGUUCAACCCCCUCAGACAAGACAUCCACAAACACAAACCCAGUCCCCUGCAUCACUCCAACCCCAGCCCAGGCACCCAUCUCAACCCCAACCCCAGCCCAGGCACCCAUCUCAACCCCAACCCCAGCCCAGGCACCCAUCUCAACCCCAAGCCCAGCCCAGGCACCAAUCUCAUUCCCAGACCCAGCUUAAACAGCAGUCCCAGCCCCGGCAGUCCAUUCAGCCUCAUCUCCAACCACAAGCUAGGACCCCACCUCAACCUCAGCUCCAGUCCAGAACCCCAACACAAGUUCAGAGUCACUCUCAGUCCAGAUCCACAACCCAACUUCAAUCUCAGCUGCAGCCAAGAACCUCUGCCCAACCUCAGCCUCAACUUCAGCCCCAGUCCAGGACCCCAAUCCAGCCUCCACCUCAGCCUCAGUCCAGGACCACACCCCAGCCUCAGCCACACUUGCAGCCCAGGCAUCAAACGAGGCCCCAACCGCAGACAAGGCACCCAUCACAACACCAACUCCAGACUCAGUUCAGACAACAACCCAGACAGUCUGUUCCCCAUUCAAGGCCUCUUCAAUCCCAGUCCCAAGCACAGCCCCACUUCCAGCAAAUUCAGACCCAGCAGCACCCCCAGCAGCGCCAACAGUCCCACCCUCAGCUCACCCAGCCGCAUGUGCAGCACCUCUUACCCCACCGACCAUCUUCCAGCCUAACCAGGACCAAUCUUGCCCCUGCUCAGCAGAAUCAGAGUGAACAGCCCCAGGACCUGAGUACCACUCGGCCUGGCAGAGGAAGCUUGCUCCCAAGCCGAGACAUCGGCAUGGAGGCUGUCAAGCCAGAGGGGCGAGGGGAGGCAGCUGCGGUGUCGGAGAGCAGGGAAGUUUUAGGAGGAGGGUCAAACAGCACGUCGAGGCCUCCCGGACCUCCUGGAGCAGCCGGAGCCGGACUUGUGCCCGGAGCGGAUGGUAGGGCCAGACUCCGGGCAGAGCCGGAGGCAGCAGGUGAGGGCAGGGAGCUCAGAGACAUCGUCCCCCAGUCAGCCGUCCCCUGUCCCAGCCGAGAGGAAACCGUAGAGUCACGGACUGCCGUCAGUGAGAGAGUCAGCUGAUCGGUUGGAAUCAAGCCGACUGAUUGGCAGCCUGACAGGCAAAGUCUGUGCCGGGUGGAAGAGGAAUGAGACUGGGCUGUUCCUGAAGAUUUUUACGUUGUUUUCAGAUAGAAGCAAAGCAGACCUGAAGGACUGAUUCUGUCUGGAGACUCUGUAAAGGACUGCAACUGAAAGGUAGUGUCUUUUUCUAGGAAAAACAAAUGAAAAGGAAAAACCGAUAAAAAGUGUGUAUAUAUAAUCAAAAGGCAGCUGUUGUGUCCCGCUAGUCUCCGUGGGGGGGGGGGAGUAGUUUGGAACUAAAACUGACGCUUAACAACACGUUACUCUGAGCAAAACAUUGCUUCCCGAAUAUAACCCGUUUAUUUUCUACUUUGAUAGUUUGUUUUGUCUGUUAUACAGCUUUAAACUCUAAUAUUAUGGACUGACACUUCCUGAUCUAAAGGCCUCCUAAGGACUGACAGAUUCACUGACUGACUGAUUCGCUGACUGAUUCACUGCUUCGCUGACUGAUUCGCUGAUUGAUUGACUGACUGACUGAUUGGCUGACUGACUGAAUAACUGACUGAUUCGCUGACUGACUGAUUCACUGACUGACUGAUUCACUGACUGAUUCACUGACUGACCGAUUCACUGUUUCACUGACUGAUUCACAGACUGACUGAUUCGCUGACUGAGUCACUGAUUCGGUGACUGACUGAGUCACUGACUGAUUCACUGACUGACUGUUUCACUGACUGAUUCACUGACUGACUGAUUCGCUGACUGAGUCACUGAUUCGGUGACUGACUGAGUCACUGACUGAUUCACUGAUUCACUGACUGACUGAUUCACUGACUGGCUGAUUCACUGACUGAUUCACUGACUGACUGGUUCACUGACUGAUUCACUGACUGACUGAUUCACUGGCUGAUUCACUGACUGUUUCACUGACUGAUUCACUGACUGACUGAUUCGCUGACUGAGUCACUGAUUCGGUGACUGACUGAGUCACUGACUGAUUCACUGAUUCACUGACUGGCUGAUUCACUGACUGGCUGAUUCACUGACUGACUGGUUCACUGACUGAUUCACUGACUGACUGAUUCACUGGCUGAUUCACUGACUGAUUUACUGAUUCACUGACUGACUGAUUCACUGACUGGCUGAUUCACUGACUGGCUGAUUCACUGACUGAUUCACUGACUGACUGGUUCACUGACUGAUUCACUGACUGACUGAUUCACUGACUGACUGAUUCACUGACUGACUGAUUCGCUGACUGAUUCACUGACUGACUUAUUCACUGACUGAUUUACUGAUUCACUGACUGACUGAUUCACUGACUGGCUGAUUCACUGACUGAUUCACUGACUGACUGGUUCACUGACUGACUGAUUCACUGACUGACUGAUUCACUGACUGAUUCACUGACUGACUGAUUCACUGACUGACUGAUUCACUGACUGACUGAUUCACUGACUGAUUCACUGACUGACUGGUUCACUGACUGACUGAUUCACUGACUGACUGAUUCACUGACUGAUUCACUGACUGACUGAUUCACUGACUGAUUUACUGAUUCACUGACUGACUGAUUCACUGACUGACUGAUUCACUGACUGAUUCACUGACUGACUUAUUCACUGACUGAUUUACUGAUUCAUUGACUGACUGAUUCACUGACUGAUUCACUGACUGACUGAUUCACUGCCUGAUUUACUGAUUCACUGACUGACUGAUUCACUGACUGAUUCACUGACUGACUUAUUCACUGACUGAUUUACUGAUUCACUAACUGACUGAUUCACUGACUGGCUGAUUCACUAACUGACUGAUUCACUGACUGACUGCUCCCUGACCUCUGGUUCGUGUCCACAGGUGUGCUUUUAGACACAUUUUCCUCCCAUCAUUGAACACCUGGUGACGUCCACCUGGUCAGUGUUUCUAUUGGUCAGAUGCUCUACAGGUGACCUGUGAGGUGUCAGUAAAAAAGAGCUGCUGACGUCUCUGAUUAGUUUACAUGUCCAGAUUUACGAGCGGCAGCACAGCGCUCCCAGAAUGCAUUGCUGCUGCUGCUGUGGACACGAACCACGGAGUCCUGCUGCUGACCGACUGUUUUACUGAACCUGGUCUUCGACUGAAAGCCUCAGAGGUGAUGUGUGGCGGCGGUUUGCACCUUAAACUGGUUUCUUAGAAAUCUCUCACUUUGUUUUCUUCCCCGUUUUCCAUUAAAGCCACAAUGAACAGAAGAAUGUUUUCCAUCCAGACCCUCCAGUCUGGUCUAGACCCCAACCAGGACUGAGUUCUGGUGGUUUGAUAAGAGGUCGUUCUUCCAGGAUUCUUCCACUCUACUCCUCAUCAGUCUGUUUGUCUUCUGUUUCCAAAGGAAGCGCUUUGAAUAUCAGUCCCACUCCGACAGUAGCUCCAUUUCAGUUCUAGUCUUCUUACAGAGUGGGAGAGGACUCAUUUUACUCGUCUUCAUGUUGAAUGUCUGGAACAGUUUGCACUCCUCCACUUUGAACAAUCAACUGCCUGCAUGUCGCUCGGAGACCCUGCAGGCUUCAACCAGAGCGUCUGUACACAGAGCUCCACCUGGCCUCACCUGGUCUGGUUGCACCCAGCAGAAGCUCCCUGGAGGUUCAGAUCAGAGUCCUGGUCCUGGAGCUGCUGCUUCAGGACGUCCUAGAGGGUUUCAGAUGCAUCAUCUGCAGGUAGACAGCAAAAUACGGAGCAGGUGAGACAAUACAAAACGGCUGCCGGGUCCUCCUCAGCCACCAUGCUAAUGUUGUUAGCAGCAGCUUACUGUCUUUCAGAGACUGCCUUCAGACCACUCCAGAGGUACGCUAAUUUACAGUUUCCUGGGAAAGGUGCCUUCACUGGUACCUCCCAUGUCUCUAAUGUCUCUAAUACUCACAUCCUGAGAAACAAACCGUAACACCUGCUGCUCCGAUCGGUGGUCAACAGACACCUUUCAGUUCUGUACCAGUACAACGUGUUUCCCACAGUACCUGAAUGCAGCACACCUGACACAGUGAUCAGUACUGAGCAUGCUCAGAUCCGUUCAGAUCUACAGGGGGUCCUCGACCGAGUUCCGUUCCUACGGUGUGAUAGAAGUUGAUUUUCACAAAAGUGGGAACUCCAGUGAAAAUGUAAACAAAGCCAUGCAUCGAAAUUCAUCAGUUUAUUUGUACAACUAGAGAAACUGUAGAAACUGAAACUGUAGUAUGAAAGACUCAGCGGGAGACGCUCUGGUCUUCCAGCCAAAGCAGUAAUAAUCUUUCCAUCUCAGUAACGAGACCACUGCGCUGAUUUCAUAGGUUCAGAUCCUGUCACAUGAUCAAGUAUCCACAUUUUAUCACCCAUGAUGGUCCAGACAGUCCUGUGACUUAGUCCAACAACCGGCCCAUGUUGGUCGGUGUUUCUGUUCCCAGCGUUUUAUUCUAAUUUCACUUCCAUGGAGACGGCUUUCCUUUUCUUCCAGCAUCAGAAGAGUCUGACUUACGCUGGGAGCCAUAAUGAAGGACAAAAAGUUAGUGAAUGUAGCACAAUCCAAGGUGGAGUACAACCAGAGAAUGGAGACAAAGCCGUCUGAUAGCACCGUGUGACGACGUAUUCAUCCGCUCUGCUCAUCAAAUAGUUCCAGUAACCAGUGUUGCCAACUCCUCAGGAAGGAAGCUGCUAUUGGCUGUCCUAAAAGUCGCUAAAAGCCACUAAAUGACAUCAUCGCCUAGUUUGCGUAAUUUUCUUUUUGCAUGUAAUUGUAAUCAACGUUUUAGGAGAGACAAAAAAUGAGUAUAAAACACCCAAAAUAUGUUUUUAAACUGGAGGCUAAAUGCAGUGAUUUGUUUUAAUGUGACAGUAGAGAAACAUUUUCAUUUACAUCCCGCUCUGUAAGCCAGGACGGAUCUGCCGUCUGGACGGUGAUGUGGGAUGCUGUGGGGUUACUGGACUGAGCUGUACUUUGUGACAGGAGGAGCUCACAGCGCCACCUGCUGCUCAUUGAGGACAGUACCUGCAGAACGAUCUGAGCUUUCACGUCAGAGUCUUUAAAACACCAGAGAAGUCGCUAGCUGCUUUUGACGAAAAAAGUCGCCAUGAGGAUCUGGAAAGUCACCAGAUUUAGCAAGAAAGUUGCUAAGUUGGCAACACUGCACAGAACCAGUUCCAAAUAACGAUUAAAAGCUGUUACCAAGGAAACCGAGGACCUCUUGUACUCAGGUUUGGACACACCUGAGAGACUGCAGCCUUGUCCACACUCACAUGAGGUUUUGGAUGUAUUUGGAUUUUCCCGUCCACACAGAACUCAAAAAGACUAAAAAUGCUGCAGCAGGUGUAUUUAUCACUUGAUCGUCUGACGUAGAGAAUCCGUGGAGCUGCAGGUGUUUCAGGUGUGAAACCAGACACCAGUGGGCAUGCUCAGACUGUGACAUCAUCAAGAUCCUGCAGAUCUGCUUCCAGUUAAUUCUCCAUUUUAAUCAGUCUGUGCUGCGUACUUCACUUAGCUCCGCCCACUAUUCUGAUUGCUUUAAAGACACAGUAAAACAGGAUGUGGUGCAGCAGACCAUUCUGCUCGAACCCGAACAUCUAACCCACGGCCUCCAGUGUCAUUAGAUAUUAUUCAUAUUCAUCAUUCUGUUUUCAUUAGUGUUUAAUCUCCUGAACAUCAGAAGAAACCAGCAGCGUCUCUCCAGAGGAACGUUCUAAAUACAGAGAACAUCUUAGAACCACUGCACAGACUAAAGGAGCACUUCAGACAGCCCCCAAACUAAAUCCUUGAAGAAUAUUUCUGUUUUUAGACUAGAGAAUUCUUUCAUUUGAAAUAUUAUUGAUUAUAUUAUAUGAUUUAAAUGUUUCCAGACAUAGAACUCCUACAGACCUCUGUGGUUAAACUUCUCCUGAUCGGUUUGAAUUCUGGAGACACUGAGGGUCAAAAUAUGAAAAUUCUCAGAUCUGAAAACAUGAAAUUCUUGAAAUUCAGGAAAAAAUAUUUCACAGAAGUUAGUUUUGAUCCCUCAUAAUGAAUAAACAAAGAGAAACACACCUCCAGCUGGACUUCCUGUCUCUGAUCUGAACUUCCAGUUUCUGCAGGCUUCAGUCCGAACGUCUUCAUCAGGAUUAAACUGAAGCGACGUCACGGUGACAUCACGGUGACGUCAGCCAGGUGAGGGCGGAGCCUCUGCGUACGAGGCGCCACCCGCCGCCCGUCCGCUUCCCUCUGCGAUGGGACUCCAGACUGGACCCAGAAGUACAGUAACCAGCCACCAUAUUGCAUGUUCCAGAGUUUAGUGCCUCUAAUAUUGUCGUCUUGCAGGAGCCACCAUGUCAGCCACGUUGUGUUUCUAGAGUAGUAGUGAUGUGUGGUGACUUCAUAGUUGCUAAUAUCCAGGAUGAAUAUUCUGCUUUACUCUGGGUGGAUCAGUCAACUCAAUACACUGUCGCUGUAGACAAACUAGUUUCUACCUGUUUUCUUAUUUUCCUUUAUUACUAAAGCGUUUGUUGUCCCCGAA